AUGAUGGAUAGUCUGACUUCAAUUUAUCCAGUGACUGUCGUCGUCUGUCCACUUCUCUCCUUGAUGACAGAUCAAGUGAACACCUUGAAAGCUCUCGGUGUUUCAGUUGCUACCAUCAACUCUAAUACUACGCAUGACGAGAGACAACGAGUCUUCGAGGACAUGCUUUGCGGUCACCCAAGCACACGCCUGCUCUAUGUCACGCCGGAGUUGUGCCUAACCGAAAACUUCCGCCGCCGCCUGCUCAUAGUUCACAAGCAAGGUCAGCUCGUCCGCCUGGCCAUUGAUGAGGCGCAUUGCAUUAGUGAAUGGGGCCAUGAUUUCCGGCCAGCUUACAAAGAGCUGGGCUGGUUCAGAAAGAACCUUGUCCAUCCAACAGUUCCAAUAACUGCCUUGACAGCUACUGCAACGCCCCGAGUUCGCUCGGACAUGAUCAACAUAUUAGGGUUGAAUCUUGAAAACCUCCGCAUGUUCAAUACUCCGUCUGACCGGCCAAACAUUCACUACGAAGUACGGUAUCUUGCAGACUUCGCUGGUGACAAUAAUAGUGCAGAAGACAGCCAGCUGCAAAAUCUGCUCAGAUGGCUUAAGGGCAUCCAAACCCGACGAGAGGCCCGACUUGGCAGCGAAGUGGCACUGCUCCAUCCAAUGUCAGGAAUCGUAUACGUAGGAACCCGAGCUAUGGCCGAGCAUCUUGCCAGCCGUCUAUCCUCCUCCUCGGGCGAGAUGGUCACGGCGGUGGCAUACCACGCUGGCGUGGAAGCCACCAAGCGCGCGCACAUACAAUCAACGUGGAAGUCAUCUCGGCCAGUCCAGCCAGCUGAUGGGGGGAAGACACCCGUUUUCUCCAUUAUUGUGGCAACCAACGCCUUCGGGAUGGGCAUUGAUAACCCAGAUGUCCGUUUUGUCGUCCAUUGGACGCCACCACGAAGCUUUGAGAGCUUCGUGCAAGAAUCAGGCCGUGCAGGUCGAGACGGCCGCGCCGCUGCUUCGCUUGUCUACUACGGAAUUCAAGAGAGGAGCUUCAUAGAGACGAUGAUCUACCGUGAUACGGAAUCUCACCGUGCGAAUGGCCCCGAAAAUCGAGAGGCCAAGCUUGAAAGCUUUGGCAAAGUCAUUCGGUACUGUGAGAGUAUUAGGAGGUGCAGACAUGAACUGAUCAAGGAGUUCUUUGGUGAUUUCGAGUUAGAGGAGAUGGGGUCACAACUGCCGGCCAGGCAGGGUGUGUCUGUUACAAGCUCAUCCCCUUGCGACUUCGCCUGCGACUUUUGCAAAGAGGGUCGUGCCGGAUUGGCGAAGAGACGGGAGAAAAUGGCAUCUGAGACCCAGAUGGCUCUCCUAUACGCGGAUUUUGACUGA